AUGACUGCCUUCAGAGUAACUUCACGAAGAUUGAGCAGCUACACACAGGAGCAGGAUAUUGCUCAGUUCACAGAUUUUCUUUUCCCGGGCUCGAUUCCACUAAAAAAGGUGAAAUGGAAUUCGAUUCUUGAAUUGGACUGGCUUGGAAACUGGAAGAUUGUCCAAACUUCAUGGAAAAGUCUUGGUGUUGAGAAGGUCGUUCCUGUAGACAAGCUCAUUAAAGGAAAAUUCCAGGAUAACUUCGAAUUUCUACAAUGGUUCAAGAAAUUCUUUGACGCCAACUAUGAUGGUCACGAGUACAAUCCAAUAGAAGCUCGUGGAGGAGAACCUCUUCCGGCCGACCCUCCUGCUGGAAAAGCUCCGGCUCAUGGAGGGACGCGAAUGCAGAUGCCUACACGUACGAGUGUUUCAGCAGCAAAAUCGGGUCCACCAUCGCGAAACUCGUCUUCAUAUACUAUAAACUCAGCGCCGGCAAAACCACGACCAUCCACCGCAACGAAUGUUGCUGCACAUCGCCAACCAGCACCAGCUUCUGCUAAGAUUAACAAUAAUGUCGUGCAAAAGCCAGCUCCGGCAGCGAGCCGUCCUGCUGCCGCAGCCCCCUCGCCAGACGCGAUGCAAUUGAAGCAGCUGAAAGAGGAAGUUGAAGAUCUGACUCGUCAAUUAGGCGAAAGUGAUGCGGUACUGAAUAGCUUAGAAAAAGAACGUGACUUCUACUUCAACAAGUUGCGACAGAUUGAGGUUGUCUGCCAAGAUAACGAAUCGAUUGGUACAGUAGAAGUGGCGCGAAUUUUGGAAAUUCUUUACGAAACAGAAGAAGGUUUUGCUGCUCCCGAUGAAGAAGAUGAGCAGCAGUGA